AUGGAAGCAAAGAAAGAAGAAAAGCUUCACAUAGUGUUGUUCCCAUGGUUAGCCUUUGGACACAUGAUCCCAAACCUCGAACUAGCCAAGCUCAUUGCUGGAAAGGGUCACCAUGUGAGCUUCGUAUCCACCCCACGAAACAUACAGCGCCUCCCGAAACUCUCACAAAACUUGGUUCCACUCAUCAAAUUCGUCAACCUUCCACUGCCCACAGUCCAAAACCUUCCACAAAACGCAGAGGCCACCACUGACGUCCCCUACGACGUUGUUCAGUACCUCAAGAAAGCCUACGAUGCUUUGGAAGAACCCUUCACCCGUUUUCUCGAGUCUUCCAAAGCCCAUUGGCUCUUCUACGACUUCGUUCCCUUCUGGGCACCUUCUGUCGCUUCCAAAUUCGGUAUGAAGAGUGCCUUUUUCAGCAUUUUUACUAUAUCCACUCUGGGCUUCUAUGGACCCCCUUCCUCUCUCAUGGGCAAUGAUUCAUACCGCCAAAAGCCUGAAGACUUCACUGUCCCUCCUUUGUGGGUUCCUUUUCCGACCACCGUCGCAUAUCGGUACUUCGAGAUCAAGAAAAUCUUUGACGUCAUGUCCGAUAAUGAUUCCGGCGUUUCUGACGUGUACCGGCUAGGUUCCAGUAUCCAGAACUGUGACAUCGUGGUGAUUCGAGGGUGCACCGACUUUGAACCGGAGUGGUUUCAAGUGCUGGAGAAUAUUUUCAAGAAACCAGUUAUCCCAGCAGGGCAGCUCGUUAACACAGAGUUCAAGAGCGGCGAGGAUAAUGACAGGUGGCGGUGGAUGGAGGAUUGGUUGGACAAGCAGGAACAUGGGAGAGUGGUGUACGUUGCGUUUGGAAGCGAAGCGAAACCGAGGCAAGAUGAAGUGGCAGAGAUAGCUUUGGGAUUAGAAAAAUCAAAGCUUCCGUUUUUAUGGGCGCUGAGGGUUAAGCGGGGGCCGUGGGAUCCGGAUGUGCUACGAUUGCCUGAAGGAUUCGAAGAGCGAACGAAGGGACGUGGAAUUGUGUGCACCAGUUGGGCACCGCAGUUGAAGAUAUUGGGACACGUGGCUGUUGGUGGGUUCUUGACUCACUCCGGUUGGACCUCUGUGGUGGAGGCUGUUCAGAACGAGAAACCGUUGGUUCUGUUGACGUUCUUAGCAGAUCAGGGGAUAAAUGCGAGGGUGUUGGAGGAGAAGAAGAUGGGAUAUUCUGUGCCCAGAGAUGAACGAGAUGGAUCGUUCACGAGUGACGCGGUUGCUGACUCACUGAGGCUGGUUAUGGUUGAGGAAGAAGGAAGGAUCUACAGAGAAACGAUUAAGGAGGUAAAGGAUUUAUUUGUGAAUAAGGAAAGACAAGGACGAUACAUGGAUGAAUUGCUAAACUACCUUCUAAACCAUCUCUAG